UUUUUUUUUUAUUAUUAUUAUUGUGAUGGAUCUCCUUUUAUCUACAAAGAAAAAGGAGUUUUAUAUUGAUUUACUUGAAAGUAGAUAUUAUUUCCCUGGAGAUCUUAUUAAAGGUGAUAUCGUAUUGGAUUUGGAUAAACCAACAAAAACAAAUCAUAUUCGAGUUACUUUGGAAGGUCAUGUUCAAGCAGAUAAUACAACAAUACAAGUUUUAACAAAGUCAUGGUUUUUAGCUUCUUCUCCUUUGAAUGAUGGAAAACCUCAUAUGUUGGAAGCUCAAGCACACCGGUUCCCUUUUGAAUUCAAAAUACCAACAGAUGAAUCUAAACUACCUAGCUCUUUAAAAUUAUCUUCUCUGAUUGGUGUCAAUUAUACAAUCACAGCUAUUCAUGAUAGACCUUAUGUUCCUGAUCGUCUUUCAAGUCAAACCAAAAAGGAAAUUCGACUAUUGGAAUUUAUUGAUAUCACUCAACCUGAAUAUUGUGCCAAGGGUCAUGUUUAUGAUAGUGUACGUGUUUUGGGUUUAUCGGAUCAUCAAAAGGUACAAUUAUCAUUAACAUUACCUCGUUAUGCUGUCGUUCGAGGUGAUAUCUUACCUUUGGAAAUUACUAUCAAGCAUUUUCAAGAACUUGUAAGGGAAAAUGGUAUCAAAGUGUAUUUAAUUCGACGGGUUUUUAGUGGGAAAAACAAGAAUAAGCUAUUGGAAAGAAAAUCAAUCAAAUCAAAUGCGUUAGAUAUCAACAUUACAUCUGAAUCGACAGAAUAUCAACAAAUCAUCAAUACAAAGCUUUUGAUUCCAACCAACACUCCUCCUACGGUAUCUGAAAGUGGACAUAUCUUGAAGGUGGAUUAUUCUAUUCGAGUGGUGAUUAAUCUCAAUGAUCCUUCUCUUUCUGAACCACAUCAUGAAAAUUACACCAAAUUAGAAUCAAGUAUUAUCAUUGGUACACAUCCUAAACCAAAUCUUUCCAUUGAUGAUGAUGAUGAAGAAGAAGAAGAAGAUGAAACCAAUAUGGAAGAUGUCGAUGGAUUACAUGAAGAACAAGACAUUGCCACUCAAGAUGAAACUGACUCGAUCAAUAUACAACAACUUACUCUUGCCGACAAUGAUAAUGUUUCCAAAUUGGAUAAACCUUUACCAUCCUUAACAUCUUCUCCUACAACAUCAGUAUCAACAACAUCAGCAUCCACUCUGCAAAUCUAUGAACCAAAAAAAUCAACGUCUUAUGUAACUGGUACAUCCUCUUUCUCUUUGUUGGUGGUGGAUCCAACCACUUUAUCCUCUACUCAGCAUCAACAUAGAUCAUCAAGUACUACAUAUACGCCUGUUUCCUUAUCACCAUCUACUAGUACUACUACCACAACUCAGCAGCAUCAUGAUCUUAGACAAUCAGUAUCUCGACAAUCAUCAGGAACAUCCAUAUCAUCAUCUGUUCAUAAGCAACAUGUAUCUCGCCAGUCAUCUUCAGCAUCAAUCAUCAGCAAUAAUAAUAAUAAUAAUACUACUAUUAUUGAUCCUACUACCCGACACAAUAGUAUCAACACGAUGACAUCUUCAGUAUCUUCAACAACCAGUGAAGCGACUUUGAUUGAGCCUAAUCAUUAUCCAAUGCCUUCCAUGUCAACAUCAAAUUCUACUACUUCUUCAGGACCAGGUGGGUUUGCUAUGCCGAUGCCAAUGACAAUGCCAGAUCAUACCCUUCAUCAACCAUAUCAACAACAAUCAAGUUAUCCUUCCAGCAAUGACAAUAGUAAUAACAAUUAUUAUGCGGCUCAACAACAAGGAUCUUAUUAUUAUCCACCACCAUCUGCACCUUGGUCUUAAUUUUUAGAUAGAUAUAGAUAAAUAAAAAGAUCGAAUGAUAUUUUGUUUCGGAUGAUCGAUUAUCCAAACUCAGUAGGAAGAGGAGAGAGAAAAGCCAG